CUUCAGAUUUCAUAUCAAUCACUGUCCCCAACCAUGGAAGCUUCUGCAACAUCCAAGCUUCUCGUAUCUGACAUCGCCUCCAUCGUUGAUCACGUCCCUUCAAACUAUGUCCGACCAAUCUCUGACCGUCCAAAUCUGUCCGAAAUUGAAACUUCGGGUGAAUCCAUCCCUCUCAUCGAUCUCCAGGAACUCCAUGGACCCAAUCGAGCCGACAUAAUCCAGCAGUUUUCUCUUGCAUGCGCUUCUUAUGGCUUCUUCCAGAUCAAAAACCAUGGGGUGCCAGAGAAAACAAUCGAAAGAAUGAUGACUGUGGCGAGAGAGUUUUUCCGGCAGCCAGAGAGCGAAAGAGUUAAGCACUACUCUGCGGAUACAAAGAAGACAACGAGACUCUCCACAAGUUUCAACGUUGGUUCAGAGAAAGUCUCUAACUGGAGAGAUUUCCUCCGACUCCAUUGCCUUCCUAUCGAAGAUUUCGUCAACGAAUGGCCUUCGAGUCCAGUCUCAUUCAGAGAAGUCACAGCUGAAUAUGCCACAAGCGUUAGAGCCUUGGUCCUGGUACUUCUUGAGGCAAUCUCAGAGAGCCUAGGCCUUGCGAAAGACAGUGUAAGCAAUACAUUAGGCAAGCACGGCCAACACAUGGCCUUAAACUACUAUCCACCCUGUCCUCAACCCGAUCUAACUUUCGGACUUCCCGGACACAAAGAUCCAAACUUGAUCACUGUUCUUCUUCAAGAUGAAGUGUCUGGUUUGCAAGUCUUUAAAGAUGGUAAAUGGAUCGCUGUUCGUCCUGUUCCCAACACUUUUAUUGUCAACAUGGGUGACCAAAUGCAGGUUAUCAGCAAUGACAAAUACAAGAGUGUGCUACACAGAGCGGUUGUGAACAGCGACAAGGAGCGGAUAUCCAUACCGACAUUCUACUGUCCUUCUUUAGAGGCCGUGGUUGGCCCACAACAAGAGCUGAUUAAUGAGGAAGAAGAGUCUCCUGCUGUUUACAGAAGCUUUAAAUAUGCUGAGUAUUAUGAAAAGUUUUGGGACAGAGCACUUGCUACUGAGAGCUGUAUUGACUUGUUCAAAGCUUCCAAAACCUAAGACUAUAGUUUAGAAGCUGUCAUGACCGAAACAAGAAUGUCCACCUGUGUUGCAGUUUCAUUUUAUUUCCCCUAUAUUCUCAUGAAUGUUAAUUCAAUCUAUUUAAUUAUUAAAUAAAACAAACUGU